AUGACAUACAGAAUAUUAUCUAGGAUUUUACUUCUUUGCAGUUUGUUACGCUACGUUUCUGGUUCUCAUAUACUGGAGCUGGAUAUUGAGAACAUUGAAUAUGCCAGCGAUAAGACCAAGAAGCAGAUUAUUUCCAUAAAUGGUUCCAAUAGUACAAUCGGUCCCACAUUGAGGUUCCAUUCGGGCGACAAAGUGAAUAUGCUAGUUAAGAACAAUCUUCACGACCCUACAAGUAUUCAUCUUCAUGGUGUACUCUUGGCCAAUUUACCUGAUAGUGAAGGGGGAAUUUCUAACAGACAGGAUGGUGUGCCUGGGGUCACACAAAGUGCUAUUAUGCCAGGAUAUUCCUAUUGGUACAACUUCACAAUUCUUGAAUCUACAUGUGGAACCUUUUGGUAUCAUUCGCACCAUGAAUCUCAAUAUGGUGACGGUUUACGAGGUGCAAUGAUUGUGGAUUGUGAAGAAUACGAUAAUCAUGUCAGAAGCGUCACCAAUAACAUGCCCGUGCAAGAGGAACUAAUAACAUUGAGCGACUGGUUCAACAAAGGUACUGAAGAAAUCUUAGAAAGCUACAUGAGUCAGCAUCUAAGUUUGGAUCCUGAUCAAGAUGAUACAUUGUUUAACGGUUCUCUCGAAGACGGUAUCAAGUUGAGCAUCAAAAAUUCUGAAACAAAAUACCUCCUUCUUCGACUUAUUAACAUGGCUACAGGGAACGCUCAAGUUUUCCACAUUGAGAACCACAACCUCACAAUAAUUGAAGCGGAUGGUAUCUUAACGAAACCUUACACUAUUCGUACCUUGACGGUGGCCGUGGGUCAAAGGUAUACUGUGCUAGUGAAGCUGGAUCCCUCGUUAGGUAACUCCAAGAUAUUCCAUGCCUCCGGAAGCUGCGCUAUAAUCUUUAACCCCUUUAAAGUCAAGCGCCAUUGGCUGUCUUACGAUGAUAACGGUGAUUUCGACAGUUUCUGCUUACUGCCGCUUGUCUCGACUCUUCCAGAUUAUACAGACCUUGAACUUUAUGACAAACUGAACCCAAUCAACCAUCCCCUUCUCCCACCCCCCACAGAGCAACUCUUCAUGGAUUACAGUUAUGAUAUUCCCAAAAAUACUUUCCUAAUAAACGGCACUAAAAUGAGCGAUGUCGUAGACCACAGUGAUCCUGAACACAUUCUACUCCAAGGAUUUGUCUACAAACAACCACCGAUCAAACUACCGUAUAACACAAUAAUAGAGAUCGCCCUCAACAGUAAUUUCGAACCGUUCUCACAUCCUUGGCAUCUCCACGGACACUCCGUCCAACUAGUUUCUAUUGGUGAUCCCCACUCCGGGCCCCUCCACUGGUACGAUAAAAAGUCCACUGCAAUGAAGAAGUAUCUCAGUGACUUAAAACGUUGGGAAACAACCAACACUGUCCCUGUAGUAAGAGAUACUUUCACAAUCCCAGAAAACUCCUACGCCGUAAUGCGUUUCAAAACAGACAACCCUGGUUUCUGGGUCCUCCAUUGCCAUGUAGAAUGGCACAUGCUCAAAGGCUUGGGUACAGUGCUCUCCGAAGGCGUCGACUCAAUCAAUAUCCAACAAUUACCCGCUUCUUUCCAAUCCUCGCCCCCACCAAUAACUGCAAACAACUCUAAUAAUACCAACAACCAUCCCAAUAAAACUACUCUACAGCCCCAGAAGCGACACACACUCUGA